AAUAAUGAUUGAGUCUUUCUAAUAACAAUGUGACCAAAUUUAUUCUGAAAACUAAGAGAGUAAUAUCUAAAAUCCUAUUUUAGUUAUAAAGUAGUUAAACAAACUCAAAUAAAGUGUUAUAGAAAAAAAUCAAGAAAUAUUGAAAUUACAAAAUCUAGUUAAAGGAGUAGAACAAGAAUAUUAGCCAAUAAAAGAUAAAAUAGAAUCAAUAAAAAGUUAAGUAGAAGAAUCUGAAUUAAAUAAACAAGGAAUAUAUGAUUCUUUUGAAGAACUUGAGAAUAUGAUUAUACGUUAGUUCGGUGAAUAAAUUAAGAUAGGCAAGAAGUCUAGAAAGACUUAAAAGAAAGAAUCUCCAUCAAAAUGUAAAAUUAACAAUGAAAAUGAUCAAAACACAAUAAACCUCCGAAAAAGGACAAUUAAAUAAUAAAAUUUAGAUAAUAAUUCUGAAACAAGUGAAUCAAGUGAACAAAUAAAAGUUUAGAAAAAGAAAGUAAAAACUAAUUCUGAGGCCUUAGAUAAAGCUAAUUGUUUAAUUAACGAGAUUUUUAAUUUUAAUUGA